AAAGCGUCGUCUCUGCCGUGUAUGGCCGUGGGAUCAGCGUCGGCGGCCAGCAGCAGCCUGGAAAACCAGUGAAGCGUCGGAUGCGGAGGCCCGUCCGGCGGCCGGAGCAGUGCGUGUGGCAGUGUGUGGCAGUGCGAGCAAUCGUCGCUAGUGGGGCCGCAGCGUGCGCGAUGUGAGCGCGCAAAGCUGGCCAAGCCCCGGUCGCGCAGCUGGACGGACUGCCUGGUGUCCGGCCCGUGGCCGGCGCCACCGCCGCCUCCGCAGCGCUCGGUGUCGUCGCUGCUCUCGGCGACCGGCGGCGGAAGAGGCCUCACCGCCGCUGGCUCCUGGUACGGCUCGUUCGGCUCGCACGUCGCGCCCAUGGACCUGGGCCCGAGCCUCGCCGAGUGGACGCGCGAGCAGCCGCUCAGCAUCCUGCAGUUGGACCCGGCCGAUCGGGCCGUACUCCGCAUCGCCGACGAGCGAGACGCGAUCCAGAAGAAGACCUUCACCAAGUGGGUCAACAAGCAUCUGAUCAAGGCCAACAAGCGCGUGGAUGACUUGUUCGUCGACCUCCAGGAUGGCCACAGCCUGCUCUCGCUGCUGGAGGUCCUCUCUGGGGAGACGCUGCCCCGCGAGAAGGGCCGCAUGCGGUUCCACAUGCUGCAGAACGUGCAGACGGCGCUCAACUUCCUUCGCUACCGCAAGGUCAAGCUGGUCAACAUCCGCGCCGAGGACAUCGUUGACGGGAACCCCAAGCUCACGCUGGGACUCAUCUGGACCAUCAUCCUGCACUUCCAGAUCUCGGACAUCACAUUCACCCAGAACAACGAGAACCUAACUGCAAAGGACGCUCUCCUUCGCUGGGCUCAGCGAACUACCGACAGAUAUCCAGGCGUCAAGGUGCGGGACUUCACCACCAGCUGGCGUGAUGGAUUGGCCUUCAAUGCAAUCAUUCACCGAAACCGACCCGAUCUCGUGGACUUCCGUUCGUGCCGGACACGAACAGUCCGUGAGAACCUUGAGGUGGCCUUCUCAGUGGCUGAGCGAGAGCUCGGUGUCACGAGGCUGCUGGACCCCGAAGAUGUGGACACCCCCCAGCCUGACGAAAAGUCCCUCAUCACAUACAUCUCCUCGCUGUAUGACGUGUUCCCUGAGCCAGCGAGUCACCACCCGUUUGCGGAAGACGAGAAGCUGCGCAAGGCAGAAGAGUACCGGGACCUCUCGAGCAACCUCCACACGUGGCUGCGCCAGAGUACGGCAUUGUUGCAGAGCCGCAGCUUCCCACCCACGCUCUCUGAGGUGAAGCAGGUGCAGACGGAGAAUGCGCGCUUCCGCCAAGAGGAGGUGCCCCCACGGCUGCAGGACAAGCAGCGGCUGACCAAGCUGUGGCGCGACGAAGUGCACUCAUUGGUGCGGGAGCAGCGGCUGCACGUGGAUGCUGAGCUCACACCCGACAACCUCGAGGCAUCCUGGCAGCGCAUGCUGGCCGCACAUGCUGAUCGGGAGCGGGCUCUGCGGGAUGAAGCAACGCGGCUCGAGAAGCUGCAGAGGCUUGCUGAAAAGGUUCACCGUGAAGCCAAGAACUGCGAUGCCCGCCUGGACGAUGUGGAGCGACGCAUAUCGGACGAGGAGCCACGGCUUGGGCGGCUGCACCCGGCCGACGCCAAGCGCGUCUGCGACCAGGUGGACCGCGACUUGCGCCAUAUUGAGGACACCCUCAAGGCUCUCUUCCGAGAUGUGCAGCUGCUUUUCGACGGCCGUUAUCACCGAGCUUCAGAGCUGCACAAGCUGGUCCAGAAAUUGCACCAGCGCUGGUCCGACCUCCGGCUGGCAUACCAGCAGCGGCUGCUGGCGCCGCUCUCGAGCAAGCAGUACAAGCUUGAGGAGCGCAAGGUGACCAAGCAGCGGCAGGUGAUCUCUGAGAGCCGGCUGGUUGAGACGCACGAGUACCUCAAGUUCUUGCAGAGCUGCCUCGACUGGGUGCAGGAGAAGCUGCGACAGCUGGAGACCGUCGAGUGGGGCUGUGAGGUGCCUGCUGUGCAGUCAACCCUGGACCGGCACCAGGCCGACCACCGCCUCAUCGACCAGUUCCAGAAAAAUGUGGACAUGUGCAUCUCGAGGCAGGGACACUUUGAAGAAGGCAGUGAGGAGCGUGCGCAGUACCAGAAGCAGCUGGCGCAGCUGGAGCGCGACUACUCUGAGCUGCUGGUGCUGUCCAACAAGCGACUGAGCGACCUGGAUGCACUGCUCGAGUUUGCCCAGUCGGCAGCAGCCGAGCUGCGCUGGCUGCAGGAGCGGCAGCAGCCAGAGAUCAUGCGUGACUGGAGCAGCCCUACUCUGAACUUGGUCGAGCUUGAGCACCAUCAAGGGACGCUGACAGCCGAGGUUGAGGCACGCGAGUCAGCCUUCAAUGCGACACUGGACCAGGGGUCGUCCCUCGUGCGCCAGCAGCACCCGGCCGCGCGUGCCAUCGAGGCCCAGCUUAGCGCACUGCAGGCACAGUGGGCUUGGCUGCUCGAGCUGCUGCGUGCCCUCGAGGCCCACCUGCGACACGCCGCGCACUACCACCAGUUCUUCAAUGAGGCUCGCGAAUGCGAGCAGUGGUUGCAGCGCGGAGAGGAGAGACUCAACACGACUUUCAGCCGACCCAGCUUCUCGCUGGAAGAAGGCGAGCGGCUGCUGCAGCAGAUGCAGGAACUGCGCGAGGACUUGGCACGCUACGCGGGCAUUGUGAACGCGUUGCUCGAGCGCUCUCGCCAGGUGCUGCCCCUCAAGCAGCGCCGUGCGCCAUUGCCCCGUGCUCUGCGGGUCACUGCUGUGUGCAGCUACAGCCAGCUGAAGAUGACGGUGGCUCGUGGUGAGCAGUGCUGGCUGCAUGACAACACCCAACGGGACCGAUGGAAGGUGGCCAAUGCCAAGGGACACGAGGGCCAGGUGCCGGGUGUCUGCUUCAUGAUCCCACCUCCUAACCCAGAGGCUAUUGAGCUGGCCGAGAGCCUCAAACGCAAAUACGACCUCGUGGUGAAGCUGUGGACGAAGAAACAGCACAAGCUGCGGCUCAACAUGAUAUUUGCCACCAUCAAGAUUGUCAAGGCCUGGGACCUCAAGACGUUCCGGGCUAUGGAGCCAAACCAGCGCGAGUCGAUCAUUCGUGCGCUCAACGAAGAUGCCGAGAAGCUGCUUGCUGAAGGCGACCCAACCGACCCCGACAUGCGACGUCUUCGCGAGGAAAUUCGUCUCUGCAACAAGUUGUUCGAAGAUCUGAUGGCCAAGCUCCGUGAGGAGGAAGCUGAGAAGUCGCCCGAGAGCCCCAGUCGCCGCUUCGCAGACCUCUCAGCUCGGCUGGAGAAACUGCUGCAGGAGAAGGAGCGCACACUGAACUCGCGGGUGCAGGCACACAUCCCACGAGACAUCGACAGCCUCGAUGCCCUCGUGGUGCAGCACAAGGAGUUUGAAGAAGGCCUGCAGGAUCUGGAGCCACAGGUGGCCGAGAUGCGGGUGGCCUUCAAGCAGAUGACCAAAAAGACGCCGACGACCCAGGAUCGGCACGAUGGGGUGGUGCGCCUCUGGGAUCGCAUCUGGAAUCUCUCUCACCUAUAUGUGGAGCGACUCAAGGCUGUGGAGAUAGCUAACCAUGGCCUUUCAGAGGCAACAACAUUUGUUUCGUCCGUCGAAGAACAGCUUGCCGCACAGGGUCCAAUGCCUGAAGAGCAGAGUGCUCUGAGGCAGGUGCACGAAGAUCUGGUAGCACUUCAGUUGGAGCUCCAGCAGCAGCAACCUCAGCUGGACCGGCUCGCUGAAGAUGUAGCCAGUGUUCGAAAGGUGACGGAGCGCUCCCGCCCCAGUGCCUAUUCACAUCCAGAUGUCCGCAAACUGGAGGAUGACCUGCGCAAGGUUGUGCGCCGUUGGGACAAUGCAGCCAACCAGCUGGCUGAACGGCUGCGCAGCUGUGAGGCAGCCUCGGAGCUGCUGCGUGCCUACCGGAACAAGAUGGAUGAAGAGAGGAACUGGGCCAGCCAGGCGACAGUGCGGGUGAAUGCGGUGAAGACGGCUCGCCCCUCCGUGGAUCGGCAGCAGGCUCUGGCGGCAGCGCAGGAACGAUGCAAGACCUGUGAUGAAGAAAUUGCCCAGCUGUCCCAGUGGAUCGAAGACAUUGAGCUGCGACUUGCCAACCUUGGGGCUGUCUCGGAGGACUCGGAGAGCUUGCGACAGCAGCUGGCAAUUGCCAAGUCCCUGCGUGAGGAGCUGGAGCUGAAGCAGCCGCGAGUGCUGUCGUUGUUUGACGAGGUCCGGCAGCUGUCCUCCAACGAGCUGCUUUCGCGUGAUGAAACUGAUGCCCUGCAGCGGCCCCUGGCCCAAUGUCGGGGACGCCUCGAGCUCUGCCAGGAGCGCAGUGAGCGUCUAGCACGACGCCUGACUGCCGCUCUCGAGGAGCUGCUCAAGUACACAGGGGAGAUGCAAGUCUUCAGGACAUGGCUUGACAAUGCCCGCAAGGUCUUAGCCAGGCAUGAGGAACUGUUGGACGACAUCCGGAACGUGGCUGACAAUGCUGACCACUACAGAGCAUUUUCUAGUGAUGUAAUUGCCCACCAAGCAGACCUUCGUUUCAUCACCAUGGCUGCUCAGCGGUUUGUGGAUGAAUCUAAGGAAUAUCUCCGCAUGCUGAAUGACCACCGCACAAGCCUGCCACAGAGGCUGAGCCAUUUGGAGCCCUCGGAGAGCGAGGUUCGCGCUGAGGUGUCUCAUGUGAGCACCGAAUACCAGAACCUGCUGAGCCGUGUGAACAAGCUCGGGGACCAGUUUUCGGGCCUGACAGAACGCAAGCGUGCCUACCACGAGGCCAUGGAGAGGGCCACGGCUUGGCUAAAUGAGGCACAGCGCAGUGCCAAGCGGCUGCUUGAGGAGCCAACAGCAGCUGAGCCACCUGCAAUCCAGGAACAACUGGAACGUGUGCGGGCCUUCCACCUUGAGGCUGUCGGCCAGGGGCGGCUGAUCGAGACGGCGAAGCAGGCAGCGCAGGCGCUGCCACCGUCUGGUGGGCCUGCCGUCGAGGAGGCUGUACGCAACCUGGAGGAGGUGUACCAGCAGAUGCUGUCGCUUGUAGGCGAGCGUAGCAAGCAGCUGCAGACUGCACUUGUGCAGUCGCAGGACAUUGCAGAUGGUCUGGACCGUGUGCUGCGGCUUCUUGAUGAGCUGGAGGCCACCCAACGCGGCCAAAGCGCCAAGCUUGCCAGCUUGAUGAGGGAUCGUCUUGAUGAGCAGAUUCACGAACACCGUGUGCUUCGGUCAGAAAUCGAUGGCCAGCGUCCAUUUAUUGACGCUCUCAAUGCUUCAGCUCGGGAGCUGCCUGGCAAUGCUCGCUUGGCCAAGAAGGUAGAGGCCAAGCUCAAAGACAUCAAUAGCCGCUACGAGAAAGUACUUGACAAGUCAUCAAGGAGGGGCGAAUUGCUUGACGAGGUGUCGAGCUGCCUGGACCAAUUCACUGGCAUGGCGAACCGCUUUGAAGAGUGGCUUGCCAGUGUGCUGCAAGCUGUGGAGGGCGAAGAGCAGCCGCGCCUCGAGCACGCCAUGAAUCAGCGCAACCUGCGCAAGGACGAGUUUGAGGACUUGCUGCGUGCGGGACGUGCCUUGUGUGCUAAACGCGAUGUCACCGAUACUGGGCCUGUGCGUGACAAGGUGAAGCAGCUGGAGCAACAAUGGAAAGAGCUUGGUGAAGUGCUGUCUGAGCGGGAGAGGCAGGGACGGCAACGUGCUGAGCAAGGGGCAGCGUACGAGACACUGCGACAGCAAGUGUUGACUUGGCUGCAGACAACUGAGGGACGCCUCGACACACUCGGUUCCCUGGCCCUGGACCGAGACAUCCUGCGCCGACAGGCUGCUGAGAUCAAGCCUCUGGUGAAGGAGCAUGCCGAGUACGCAUCCACCAUGGACCGUGUCAACGAGUUGGGUCGCAGCUAUGACGCGCUGCGGGUGGACAGCCGCUCACGCCCACCUGCCCGCAAGGGAGGCAGCCCCCACAAGGAACCCUAUGCCAAUGGCGGCAGCACUCACGAGUCAUCACCCGAAGGAAGGGCACUGCAGAGUCCACAGUCCAGUGCCUCCAGUGGUUUUAGCAGUAGGCACAGCUCGAUCGACCAGUUUGGGCCCCUCGAGGACCUGAGCCCCGUGCAACAGCAACUGUCCGAGAUGAACCACCGUUACCACCUGCUCGGUGUGCGUCUCUCGGACCGGCAGCAGGAGGCGGACUCGCUAUCCGAGGAGCUGCGGAUGUGCACCGAGGCCAUUCGCACGCUGCUAACCUUUGUCAAGAGCCGUAGCGUGCCCCGUGACUUGCCGGCCAGCCAGGAGCUGGCCCACCAACAGCUGUCACAGCUGCGCGAGCUGCAGACAGAGCUGCAAGAGAAGCAACUUGAGGUGGACCGGGCACGCCUUCAGGCCCAGGAGCUCCUGCGGCGCCGGCCACAAGCACCCGGAGCCGACGCCCUUCAGGCACAGCUGGAUGAGCUGCUCAGCCGCUGGCAAGGGCUGCAGGGGGCAUUGCGCUCGCGCCUCCUCCUGAUACAGUUGCUGAAGGAGUUCCAGGAUACCCACGAUCUUCUGCACAACUGGCUCAUCCAGAAGGACAAGAUGUUCCAGGUGUUGGGUCCAAUUGCGACUGAGCCACGCCUGGUGGCUGCCCAGACGCAGCAGGUGCUGUGCAUGCGUGACGAGCUGACCUCUCAGGAGCCCCUGCUUCGCCGCUUCACAACCUGCGCACAGGAACUUCUGGACCAGCUAGACGACAAGGAUGGUCCGACUGCAAGACGCCUUCGUGAACAGCUGGAUGGCAUAAAACGCCACUGGGCUGAGAUGGUGUCAAGGCUGGAGGAGCGGGAGCGUGCACUGGGGGCAGCCACUGGAGCCUCAGCUGAGUUCCAAGCAGCUCUGGCCCGGCUCUUGGACAGUUUGCAGGGUGUUGGUGAUGACUUCGAACGCCUCUCUGAGGCUGGAGAUUGCGAAGCCCAGCUUCGUCGCCUGGCAGCCCUGGAAGAACGCCUGGAUGCCCAGCGACCACCACUGGCUGAAGCCGAAGCCCGAGCUGAGAACCUCUGUGAGCUUCUGUCAGAUGCAGCGUCACGCUCUGAGGUCAGGGCCCGCUUGGGAAGUGCCCAGAAGCUCUACAAUGGCCUCAGUCGCAAGAUCAACAACCGCAAGGCUGAAUUGGAAUCGUCCUUGAAGGAGGACAGAGGCUUCUUCUCGAACUGUGACAGCAUUCAGGAGUGGCUUCGUGGCAUCCAGCUCAGCCUUGCUCCCGACCUGAAGAUCUCGGCCGACACUGACAUUCUGCACCAGCAAGUCACCGAGUUUGAGCCAGCGUACAAGAGCCUGCUGGACAAGGAACACGAGGUGCACCUGGUGCUGAGUAAGGGGGCCGACAUGGUCACCCGCAUAAGCCGCAAGCAGGAGGCCCAACAGCUGCGCACGCGCCUCGACGGCCUGCGCCGCGGAUGGGAUCAGCUCCGCAAGGAGGCCACUGACAGGCAUACACGACUGCAGCGGGCAUUCGAGAACUGCAAGAAGUUCAACGCUGCCUUCAACAAGUUCGGACCCUGGCUGCAGUCGGCUGAAGGCCGCUUGUCUACUCUGACCCUGGCCAACUACCAGCGUGCUGAGGUGGAGAGGCAGGCCAAGGAGCUUCAGACCUUCAAAAAUGAUCUGUCAAGACACAGCCAGGAGUAUGACAGUGUGCGCAACCUUGGUGAAACAUUCCUCGCGGGCUGCGACGUGGACAAGGAAGGCGUCAAGAAGGACUUGGACACACUCCGCACGCGGUGGGAGAAACUAAACCACGGUGUGUCUGAGAGGAGCCGUCAGCUGGAUGAGGUUUCAAGCAAGCUGUGCGAGUUCCAGGAGAAGGCUGGCGAAUUGGGACAUGGCCUGCAGCGACUCGAGGACAAGCUUGCAUCCCAUGACGCUCUGGGUGAGGCAGCACGCAACCCGCGCCUUCUUGACCGGCUGCAAGGCAUGGCGCGCGAGACCGAUGAGCUGCGCCGUGGCCUCGACCGACUGCGUGCAUUCACCGACACUUGGCUGGCCUCGGCCUCACCAGAGUGCGACACCUCGCAUGUGCGCGGUCAGCUCGAUGCUCUGGUGCGUCGCCACCAGCAGCUGGCACACGACCUGCAGGACCGUUGUGGACAGCUCGAAGCAGCUGGAACGGUGGUGGCCCAGUACCACGCAAAGGUAAAGACAGCCCAGCAAGACUUGAGUAACCUGGAAGAAGAGUUGGAAAGCAUGGGCCCCAUUGGGCGGGACGUCAAGACAGUCCGAAGCCAGAUCGAUCAAGUGAAGAGUUUCCAAGGGCGCCUCUCGUCUGCUACCCACGAGGUUGACAAGGCGGAGCAGGAGUGCCAGGAGCUGAUUUCUCAGGGAUACACUCAGGACGCCAAGGGUGCCCGUGCUCAGGUGGAGACACUGCGCAGGCAGCUCAACAGGCUGGAAGAGCGGGCGCGUAGCCGCCACAGCUCACUGGAGGCCAUGCUGGCCAAACUCGAGAAGUUCUACGAGGACCUGCACACGACCCAGAGGCGUGUUGGGGGUGCUUUGGGUGAGGAGCACACGUUCCGGCCUGUGGCAGCUGAUGUGGAGAGCUUGCGCAGUCAGCAGGAGCAGUUCAAGCAAUUCCGCAAGUCUCACGUGGAGCCACUGGGUCGUGAAGUUGACAAUGUGAAUCGGGCUGGCAACGCGCUCAUACAGUCAGCAUCGCCAGGUGUCAACACGACUCUUCUGGAACGAGACAUUGACAAACUCAACGACGAGUGGAACCAGUUGAAGGAGAAGGUUGGAGAGCGUGAGCGUCUGCUUGAGGCAGCGCUGCUGCAGUCGGGCAAGUUCCAGGAGGCCCUGGCCGGCGUGGCACGCUGGCUGGAAGACACGGAGGAGCUGGUGGCCAAUCAGCGGGCUCCGUCGGCUGACUACAAGGUGCUCAAGGCACAGCUGCAGGAGCAGAAGUUCCUCAACAAGCUACUGCUCGACCGGCAGGGCAGCAUGAACUCGCUGCAGGCCAUGGGCACCGAGGUCAUGCGGCACCUGUCGUCAGCCGACAAGGCCCAUGUUCAGGCACAGUUGCAUGAUCUGAGCCAGCGAUUCGACCGGCUAAUGCGAGGUGCACAAGAACGCACGGCAGCCCUGGAGAGAACACUGCCCGUGGCUCGAUCGUUCCAGGAGCAGCUGUCACCGCUUGUCGAGUGGCUGGAGCAAACAGAACGACGGCUCACGGCCAUGUCCACCUUGCCAACAGAUGCUGACCGUCUUACACAGCGGGCACAAGAACACCGCGAACUUCAUCGUGACGUGUUGGGGCACAAGCGAGCCUUUGAGGCACUCACUGAGACAGCUCAGCAGCUUAUGUCUCUGGUGGGUGACGACGAGGCUCAGGCUGUGGUUGACUCGCUCCAAGAACUGACGGAUCGUUAUGCUCGCCUCGUCGGGGACAGCGAGCGUCUGGAGCAGCUUUUGACAGAGGCACGUGCGGGCGCUGGCGCCUUUGCACUUGCCUUCGAGGACUUGCUUGUCUGGAUAGGAGAGAUGGAGUCACGCCUUGCACGCUACCAAGUGCUCAGCGUCUACGUUGAGAAGUUGCAGGAGCAGUUCGACGAGCUGAAUGAGCUGAGUGAGGAGGUGUCUGAUCACCAGAAGCAAGUUGAUGAGCUGAGUGGGUCCGGGCAGGAGUUGAUGCGGCAUGCAUCGGGCAACGAUGCCAUCCAGCUCAAAGACCGGCUGGAUUCUCUACAGCUUCGUUACACAGACCUGGCACAGCGUGCAGCAGAGCGCCUGCGACAGGCCCGUGAGGCCCUGCCCGUAGCACAAAGCUUCCACACUGCCCAUGAACGUCUCACUCGGUGGAUGGAUGAUGCUGAAGCUCAGGUGCGGUCCUUGGAGUCCGCUGCCCUUACUGCCCAAGAGAGCACCAUGCAGCGCCUUGAGCAGGAGCUGCAAGAGAUGCGUGGCGUGUUGGAAGUUGUGAACCAUCUGGGCCCACAGCUGUGCCAGCGGUCACCUGGAGAGGGUGCAGGUGUAGUGGAAGCCAUGGUGUCUCGUGCCAACCGCCGCUUCGACGCCAUCUGCGAACAGAUCCAGCGGCGUGCCGAGCGCCUUGAGCUUUCGCGCCAGCGCAGCCUUGAAGUGACUGGCGACCUAGAGGACCUGCUUGACUGGUUCCACGAGGUGGAGCGCCAACUGGCUGACGCUCAGCCCAUUGUGGCCGAACCAGACACUCUGGCUGCCAUGCUUCGGGAGCAGAAGGCACUGAGUGAAGAGGUGAGCAGCCAGAAGGGCCGUGUGCGGGACGUCUUGUCAGCAGCCAAGAAGGUGGCACGGGAAUGGCCAGCUGAAGACCAGGCAGCCGUGCGGGACCGAGCAGAAGAGCUGCGAGCGCUGUCGACCCGUGUCGCCGAGGCAUGUGCUGAGCGGCUGGCAGCACUGGAACAGGCACUGCCACUGGCAGAGCACCUGCUUGAGGCCCACAGCGAGCUGGUUGCCUGGCUGGAUGAGGCCGAGUCCGAGGCUGAAAGACUUGCCGCCCCUGCAGGCCCACAUCCGGCGCACAUCCAGAGGCAGCAGGAGCGUAACCGUGCCCUGCUGCAAGCGCUGGCCGAGCACAAGCCACUGCUUGACCGGCUCAACAAGGCGGGCACAGCACUUGCAAAACUGUGCCGGCCACCCGAUGCUCAAAAGGUGCAGCGGUUGCUCAGCUCAGACAAUGAGCGCUACAACGCACUUCGAAAGCUACUGCGUGACCAGCAGAAUCUCCUUGAGGAGGCCAUGCAGUCCACCUCCCAGUUUGCUGACAAGUUGGACGGCAUGCUGAGUGCGCUGGCUUCAACGGCAGACCAGCUGAACAAUGCGGAACCCAUCUCUGCACACCCCGAGCGCAUUCAGGAGCAGAUCAGUGACAACCAGGCCGUGGUGAGCGACCUGGGCAAGAAGUCGCCCGCCUUGGAGGCUGUGCAGAAGGCUGCUCGCGAGGUCAUUGCCAAGGCUGGUGGAGACCAGGAGCCUAGCGUACGAGACAUCCGGCAAAAGCUGGAGCGACUCAAUGGCCUGUGGGAGGCAGUCCAGCAGGCAGCGCGCACGCGAGGCCAGUCGCUGGAGAGUGCACUGGCUGUCGCAGAGCGCUUCUGGGAGGAGCUGAACGCAGUCAUGCGGGCGCUUCGUGACCUCCAGGAGAACUUGGACAGCCAGGAGCCACCAGCCGUCGAGCCGCAGGCCAUCCACCAGCAACAGGAGGUGCUGCACGAGAUCAAGCAGGAGAUGGAACAGACACGGCCCGAAGUGGACCAGUGCCGCCAGGCAGGUCAAGACCUUAUGCAGUUGUGCGGGGAGCCCGACCGACCAGAAGUCAAGCGCCACAUUGAGGACCUGGACUCGGCCUGGGAGAAUGUGACCACCCUGUAUGCCAAGCGAGAGCAAAACCUCAUUGAUGCCCUGGACAAGGCCAUGGGCUUCCACGACACCCUUCAGAGCCUGCUCGAGUUCUUGGACACAGCUGAGCAGAAGUAUGCAAACCUCGGACCUGUGGCAGCUGACAUUGAUGCUGUCAAAGCACAGAUUGGACAGCUCAGGGACUUCAAACGAGAGGUGGACCCACACAUGGUAGAGGUGGAGUCGCUGAAUCGGCAGGCCAAAGAGCUUUCAGAGCAGACGUCCUCCGAGCAGGCACGUGCAUUGCGGCAGCCCCUUGACGAAAUCAACCGGCGCUGGACAGCACUGCUCCGUGGCCUGGUGGAUAGGCAGCGUGAGCUUGAGAAUGCGCUGCUACGACUGGGCCAGUUCCAGCAUGCGCUAGGAGAGCUGCUGGUAUGGAUGGCACGCACUGAGCGUGCUCUCGACGAGUGCCGACCCGUAGCCGGCGAUGCCCAAGUCAUUGAGGUCGAGCUGGCCAAGCACAAGGUGCUAAUGAAUGACAUCCAAGCACACCAAAGCAGUGUGGACACGCUGAACCGGGCUGGUCAUCAGUUGAUUGAAGCAGACCGGCACAGCGAGGACGCCAGUGUGACGCAGACGAAGCUGGCCGACCUCAACCGGCGUUGGAAGGCACUGCAGGACAAGGCAGCUCAACGCCAGCAACAGUUGGAAGCUGCCCUGCGAGAGGCUCAGGCCUUCAACCAGGAGAUACAAGACCUACUGAUGUGGCUGAGUGACAUUGACGGUCAGCUAGCAUCAUCCAAGCCUGUUGGUGGGCUACCAGAAACAGCAAGGGAACAACUCAACCGUUUCAUGGAGCUUUACAAUGAAUUGGACAGCAACAGACAUCGGGUCGAGUCGGUGCUGCAGCAAGGACAAGAGUACACACGUGCAGCCGAGGGCUCAACUGGGCUGCAGCAUAGCUUGCGCACCCUCAAACAGCGAUGGGACAAUGUCCUCAACAGGGCCAAUGACCGGAAGAUCAAACUGGAGAUUGCACUCAAGGAAGCUACAGAGUUCCACGAAUCGCUUCAGGAGUUUGUGGAAUGGCUCACACAUGCGGAGAAGUCUUUGGCAAGCCUGCGACCUGUGAGCAGAGUCUUGGAGAAUGUGCUAAGCCAGAUUGAAGAGCAUAAGAGCUUCCAGAAGGAUGUGGGCGCCCACCGGGAAACGAUGCUGCAGCUGGACAAGAAGGGCACGCACCUCAAGUACUUCAGCCAGAAGCAGGACGUGAUUCUCAUCAAAAACCUGCUCAUCUCGGUGCAACAUCGCUGGGAGCGCGUCGUCUCCAAGGCAGCAGAACGCACUCGCGCUCUUGACCAUGGUUACAAAGAGGCCAAGGAGUUCCAUGACGCGUGGACAGAACUCGACCGAUGGUUGACAGAGGCGGACCAGAGCCUUGACGAGCAGCCGCCGGCUGGCAAUGACCCCGAGAAGAUUCGCCGCCUGCUGGCGCGGCACCGGGAGUUCCAGCGCACCCUGGGGGCCAAGCAGCCGGCGUACGAUGCCUGCUUGCGCCAGGGGCGGCUCUUGCGCGAGCGCUGCCCCAAGGCUGAUCAGCCGGUGCUGCAGCGCAUGAGCGACGAGCUCAAGGCCAAGUGGAACGCCCUUUGCAACAAGUCGGUGGACAGGCAACGCAAGUUGGAGGAAGCGCUGCUCUUCUCGGGCCAGUUCAAGGAUGCAGUGCAGGCGCUCAUCGACUGGCUGGACCGCGCCCUGACCUCCCUGCAAGCAGACCAGCUGCUGCACGGAGACCUCGACACGGUCAACAACCUCGUCGAACAGCACCGAAGCUUCCAAACGGAGCUGAAAAGCCGCUCGGCCAACCUGGAGUCAGUGCAGCGCACGGCCAGCGAGCUGCUCAAGACGGCCAGUGCCGACGAUGCGGCCAGCAUCCGCAGCCAGAUGUCAUCGCUCGAGUCUAAGUGGGAAGCUGUUUCCAAGCUCUCUGAGACUAAGCAGCGCAAGCUCGAAGAGGCUCUCCGCCAGGCAAAGCAGCUGCACAAGGCAGUGCACAUGCUGCUGGAGUGGCUGUCAGACGCAGAAAUGAAGCUGCGCUUUGCGGGUCCGCUGCCUGAGGACGAAGCCACAACACGGCAACAGAUGGAGGAGCACCAGCAGUUUAUGCGCGAGAUGGAGCAGCAGGAGCACAACAAGGAGAGCACGAUAGCGCUAGCCCAGGAGAUUCUGUCCCGGUGCCACCCAGAUGCCGUGACGGUCAUCCGUCACUGGGUGACCAUUAUCCAGUCCCGCUGGGAAGAGGUGUCCCUCUGGGCACGCCAACGUGAGCAGAAACUGGCCGAGCACCUGCGCUCGCUGCGCGAUGUGCUCGAGCUGCUUGAGGAACUGAUGCGCUGGCUGCUGGCAGCUGAGGCCAGCCUCAUGACCUUGGAGGCCCAACCACUACCAGAUGACGUGGCCGCCACAGAACGCCUUCUCGAUGACCACCGGCGCUUCAUGGAUGACAUGUCCCAGCGGCAGGCCGACGUGGAUCGUAUCUCUAAGGCCUUUGCCAGUAAACGCCAGCCGGCCGCUGGCUCGGCUGCAGCUGGUGGAACAAAGGACCGCCCAUCGCAGCAACGACAUGACCGACGCACGCCCCACGCAGCUUCUCAGAGUACGCCCCGGACAUCCACGCCCACGCGUGGGCAUGCUGCUGCAGAGCCUGAGAUCCGGCACCCCCGUGCACGGGAGCUGGUGGAGAAGUGGCAGCACGUCUGGCUGCUGGCCAUGGAACGCCAGCGCCGACUGCUGGAACAUCUCAAGUACCUGCAGGAGUUGGAGAGCAUCAAGAACUUCGACUUUGAUGAGUGGCGCAGGAGGUUCCUGGGCUGGAUGAACAACAAGAAGUCUCGUGUGAUGGACCUGUUCCGCAAGAUCGACAAAGACAAUGACGGGAAAGUGACCAAGGAGGAGUUCAUUGAAGGAAUCCUCAAGUCGAAAUUCCCGACGAGCAGACUCGAGAUGGAAAGGGUGGCCGACAUCUUUGACCGAAAUGGCGAUGGCUACAUUGACCACAAGGAGUACAUUGACACCCUUCGUCCUGAUCGAGAUUGCUUGGUUCAUGGUGCGAAGCAGAACAAGCCCCUUACGGAGGCCGAGAAAAUCCAGGAUGAAGUUCAGCGACAAGUUGCCAAGUGCACCUGCGUCCACCGCUUCAAAGUGUUCCAAGUGGGCGAGGGCAAAUACCGGUUUGGUGAAUCUCAGAAGCUGCGCCUGGUGCGCAUCCUGCGUAGCACAGUCAUGGUGCGUGUAGGCGGUGGCUGGGUGGCCCUCGACGAAUUCCUCGUCAAAAACGAUCCCUGCCGAGGAGGGAGAGAAGAAGCAUUGUUGCUAACACGGCUAAUAAUCGAGCAGUACCGACGCAGCCAGUCCAAACAGUUUGCAGUGCAAAUGGCGCCCACUUACCCCUAACCCCCUCUUCUUGCGCGGCUGUGCCUUGCUGGGGUUUGGAACGCAUUGUACAUAUGGGGGCCUGCCCAUGCAUGCUUGUCGCAUGCCUUCUCUGCAUGCUGACCGUACUACUGUCCGGCCCCUUUCCUUCUCUGUCUCUCUAUCGCUCUACGCAAUCUCGGGGGUGGCCAAAUUGACCCAGGAGCAGCACAUAGCUCUUCUUUGGUCUACUUGUGACUUGUGACCGGUUUCUUGGUCAGGUAGCAGGCCUGGUCAAUUAGCAAGUCACCCGCUACCACAUGCAAUAUUCUGCAGCUUAAACAAAAUGAGGCAACUUUCGCAAUCUUUUGCGUCUGCCGUUCUCCAACUAGUGUUUCUCAGCAGGGCAAUCAAAUAUUAAAGAGGCAGCAAAUGUCAUUAAGGUCAAAAACUCCUGCGUUUUGCUGCAGCUCUUGAACAAUGCACAAUUAGCUCUUUUAUAACAUCGGUUUGACCACCCCUGCCCUAUCUCAAGCCUACAACCUUAUGGGCAAACAUCUCACCUGCAGCAGUGUUGGGUUUCACUCCCGACUCUGUUAUAAUGUGCUGAAAUACCUUUUUUCUUUUGUUUUCUUGUCUUCACUGUUCUUUUUUUCUGGGUUGCACAACAGACUAUUGCUGUAGUGUCCAGAGUAUGUCUCCUGUGUCUGAGAUAUCGUGUAUAUAUCUGUAUUUAAACCUUGAACAGAUGCAGUGCAGCUGUAUUGGUUUUACCUUUUGCAAGCAGACUAGUUUAAAUUGUUUGUCUGGUUGUAAAGGUUACUAAUUGGGAACUUUUCCUGCAUGAACAUGCUGUAAAUUUUAUUUUAAGGUUGCCCUCUUAGAAGUAGCAUAAUGUUCAUAUCUAACUGCAGGUUUUCAGCUCUGCGAGAUGUUUGCCAUGGUGAAAGACGACAUGGCACCAGCUUCCUGGAUGUUCACCAUAAUUUAUGUUAAGCAAGCAUGCAACAUUAAUAGAAAUGGUCUCUUGUACAUUUCCUCCCCAUGGCAACAGGCUGUGCCAUGUCACAUACCUGUUACUAGUUCAAAGCACUUGUAGUGCACGUCCAUCUUUGACAAGCCACUGUACAUAACACCUGCUAAUCUAAUUAAAACUCUAUGCCACAUCCCGCUUCCAUGGCAUGCGACAGGGCUCACAUGCAUCGAGAUGCAUUCCAUGUAAGUUUCUGUGCAUCUAUGAACAUUAUUGUACAAGAGAGGUGUGAAGCAGGCUUAUUCUUUGGGAGUGGUGAACAUCCAUGGGGCUCUGCCAACAAGCUGUGCCUUCAUUCACCUGCGAUGUGGUGACUAUAAUCAGUUUUGUGUAGUGUGUUUACAAAAGAAAUGAGCAGCAUGGUACAUCAAAAUAUGCAAAUUCAGUAGGCUCUUUAAACUGCAUUAUGGGAAACUAAGUGAAGUUUCCAAGAACAGUCCCGCUUAUCAUGGAAUUCAAGAAGACAAAUUUCAUCUUAAUGUAAUCUACUUGUGUUAUUUGGAUUACUCAUUGUUAUGCUUGUUGCACAGUUUGAAAGGCAACUAGCAUGGCAGUUGUUAGUAAUCUUGUGAGUCUUGGCCAACAGCUUAUGAUGUCGCUGUACUCUCAUUUCCUUUGUUUUAUUCUGUCAUCGUUCUAAGCAUCAGUAGCAUACAUCUUGCUCACUAAUGUAAAUGAGCUGGAAGUCCGCACCAUAAUAAGUCAAUUUUGACAUUGAGGCACACGGUGUCGGCACGCCGGAACCACACCAGCCGAGCUCGUUGUCAUUGUUGCCGCCGGCCGAGUGUUCCCGUGCAUGGUGGGGGUUGGUUAUGCCUGCUGUGGUUCGUUGUCUGUAUGUGGCUCGGUCGGUGGCGAGCGUGUGUUGUACCAUGUGCUCCCCUGCGUGUGGUGUGUAUGUGUGUGUGCACGUGGCUGACCUGUCUGUUGGACGCAUGCGCGUGUGCCCCCUCCUGCUGCUGCACCCCUUCCCACCACCACCACUACCGUCACGUACCACCACCACCACCACCAGCCAAGGGGCGCACCAACC